GAGGUCUCCAAGUACGUACGAUUUCUGUCAAGUCACUUUAAUGUAGCAUAAAUAGUUUUGCUUACAACUCAUUAUUAGUUAUCGCUUUGAAAAUGUCGUGCAUUUGCCAGUAUAUUGCCGGUUCCUUAGCCUCGAUGAAUGAAAACGAGGAACCCAUCGGAUUUCCGCUGCCCAACGCCAGCGAGAAUGAUGCUAUGUCUGCCCCGGGCAAUGCCCCCGCGGAGCCCGUCACAGAUGAUGCCAAGAUAUCCAUUUGUGUCUCCGAGAUGGCCGAUUGCCGUACCGAGAACUGGCUACUCAAGAAGAAGGUGCAGGAGCACGAGGUGACCAUCCAGAAUCUGGAGCAUCUGCUGACCACAGUCAUGGACAAACAGCACCAAAUGCUGGCCGAUGUGUUUCAGCUGCGCCAACGCAACCAGGAGCUCCAGACCGAAUGCAAUCUUCAACGUGAGUACCACACAAUGGAACGCAAUGCCCUGGUGAAGGAGCUCUGCCAUUUGAAAUGCCUACACAUGUAUGCAAAGGGCUAUGAGGAGGUCGAGUCAAGCGACUCAGAUGGUCCUGACGAUGAGGAUGAAGAGGAGCUCGAGAGCGAUGAGGAGGAGUAUAGUGAGGAUGGGGAGAUUGGAUCCGAAGAUGAGAUGUCUGAUGAUUCCUCGGGUGAUUCAACAGCCUCAUCCUCAGCUCCAUCCUCGCCUGAUGAUUCAAUGUGCUCUAGCGACUCAGAUUCCGAUGAGCGUGAGGACGAUGAUGAACUAGACUCUCUGAAUGAGAUGGAGGACAGCAUUGAAAGCGAAUCCGACUAAGUAGUUAAAUUGCAUUUUAUUUUAAUGAAUAUA